CGCUCCUCUCGCCUCGCCGCCGCGCCCCACCUCGCCUCGCCGCCGCGCGUCGGCGGCCGCACGCCGCCCUCCGGCGAAGAUUGCUCGGCCCGGUUCGCCUCCCGCCCCGCCCGCGCGCAGGCCCGGUUCGAUUCGUCGAGGGGGGUCCUCUCCUCCUCCUCCUCCUCCGCUCCUGUAGGUCUCGAUGGCGGCGCCGCCGGCGAGGGCUCGGGCCGACUACGACUAUCUCAUCAAGCUCCUCCUCAUCGGAGACAGCGGUGUUGGCAAAAGUUGUCUCCUCUUACGGUUCUCUGAUGGCUCCUUCACAACAAGCUUUAUUACCACCAUUGGGAUUGAUUUCAAAAUAAGAACAAUUGAACUGGAUGGUAAACGGAUUAAACUGCAAAUCUGGGAUACAGCUGGUCAAGAACGUUUCCGAACUAUUACUACUGCGUAUUACAGGGGAGCAAUGGGUAUUUUGCUUGUCUAUGAUGUCACUGAUGAGUCAUCAUUCAAUAAUAUAAGAAACUGGAUUAGGAACAUAGAGCAACAUGCUUCCGAUAACGUAAACAAAAUUUUGGUUGGCAACAAAGCUGACAUGGAUGAAAGCAAAAGGGCUGUACCAACUUCAAAGGGGCAAGCACUUGCUGAUGAAUAUGGCAUCAAGUUCUUUGAAACGAGUGCAAAGACAAACCUGAAUGUCGAGCAGGUUUUCUUUUCAAUAGCAAGGGACAUUAAGCAAAGACUUGCGGAAACUGAUUCCAAACCUGAGGAUCGCACAAUCAAGAUUAACAAACCAGAGGGCGACGCUGAAGCCUCAACUUCACAGAAAUCCGCAUGCUGCGGAUCCUGAGUGUUGUAUUGUUGGGUGGAAGAUAAGAUAGUGAUCAUAGUAUCAUACGAUGCUUGUAACUUUUAUCCUUUGCCUUCUUUGUGACCAUCCUCGUGCCUCCUUUAUGUUAAGAUUACAAUUGCUGGUAUUCAGACUUCUUUGUUUUGUUAUGAAGAAUGCUAGUUGUUACACUGGUAAAAAAAAGUAACUAUGCUUUGCUGCCGCACAAUAAGUAAGAAUGCCGCUGAUGUUAUGGUUUCAUCAGGGA